AUGCAAAGUUCAUGGGUAAAACCCAAGGACCAAGAACAUGAAGGAAAAGACUACUAUAAUGUUUCUCUCUCUCUUUCUCCACCAGGCCAAACUAACCCAAAACCACUAAGAAAAAACAACAAAACUACAAAUUCUAUGUUUCUGUGGUCGGCUUCCUCGACGACGACGACUUCUGCAACUUUGAAGCAGCAACGGCAAAAGUUUGAUUAUGUUGAUGGGAGUAGUAUUAGUGAAGACAUUUCGAAGGGAUCAGUAACAGUAGCUCUUAGUGUUAAUGCUCCUAGUGAGAGCGAUUAUGCAACUGUAAUAACUGGAAAAUCAGACAUGAAAAAUAUGCAUGCAAUUGCAUAUGAUAAUGGUUCAGUUGAAGGUCAAUAUUGGAUACCUACACCCGCCCAAAUUCUUGUUGGACCUACCCAGUUUUCUUGCUCUGUCUGCAAUAAAACAUUCAACCGGCAUCCACAGGACAACCAACAACAAGAUAUGGAAAUUGAUCUUGUGCUUAGGGAAUUACAUCUUCCCAGUAUUACGGAAGACGAUUCCCGGUUGCUCAUGGCCCCAAUAACGGAUCAGGAGAUUCGUGAUGCCUUAUUUGAUAUUGCGAAUGAUAAAUCUCCUGGGCUCGACGGGAUUCCGGUGGAAUUUUUUAAAGUACAUUGGGAGUUGGUUGGAGCUGCAGUCACAGUCGCGAUCAAACGAUUUUUCUCCACUGGCCAUCUUCUAAGGGAAUGGAAUAAGACGCUACUUGUGUUAAUUCCGAAGGUUUGUCCACCGGAGGAGGUAAGCCAGUUCCGACCAAUAAGUUUAUGUAAUGUUAUUUAUAAAGGUAUUGCAAAGUGUAUGGUUAAUAGGAUGAAACCUAUGCUUCCACAAUUAAUCUCUGAGUACCAAAAUGCCUUCGUUCCGGGACGUCAUAUGGAUGACAACAUUCUCAUAUCUCAUGAACUGACUCAUAUCAUCAAUAAACAACGAACGGGCAAUAGGUACCUAGCAGCUUUGAAACUGGACAUGAAUAAAGCUUACGAUAGAGUUAGCUGGGCUUUUAUACUUAAGAUUUUAACAGCUUACGGGUUUCCUGGGCCCUGGGUCCGGCUAAUUCAGCAAUGCAUUGAAACAGUCACAUAUAGAGUCCUAGUUAAUGGCGUGGUAACGCCAACUUUCAAGCCUCAAUGUGGACUUCGCCAGGGUGAUCCUCUUUCGCCAUAUCUGUUUCUUUUCUGUAUGGAUAUUCUAUCUAGAAUGACCUCGCUGAGAACGGAUCUACGACAGCUGCAAGGGAUUAAAAUUGGAAAGCAGGGGCCUUCCAUAUCGCAUCUAUUUUUUGCAGAUGAUGCUCUCUUCUUUUUUCGAGCUGGUGAUAGUGCCUGCCAAGUCCUUAACACAAUGCUCUCCCGCUUUUGUGCCAUCUCGGGUCAGAUGAUAAAUCGCCAGAAAUCGUUUGUAAAAUUUAGUCCUAAUAUUCCCCAGGAUCAAUGCCAACUAUAUAAAAGCCUGUUACAAAUGGAGGAUAAGUUGUCGCUGGGCACGUAUUUGGGUACUCAAAUCGAUAUUCAGGGUUCCAAGGUCCAACACUUUACCCCUCUUUUGGAUAAGGUUUCCAACACCAUAGCUCGCUGGAAUCACACUCAGCUUUCUCAAUCUUCAAAGCUGAUUAUCAUUAAUUCGAUAUUGGUGGCAACUAUAAUGCACCAGCUCGCAGUUUUCCAGAUUCCGACAACAAUAGCUAACAAACUUGAUGCUAUGAUGGUGCGCUUCUUUUGGAAAAAUAAUAACCAAAUUGGGAUACCUUGGAAACGAAAAGAAAUUUUACAUCAACCUCGGGGUCAAGGAGGGCUUGGCAUCCGAAAUAUAGGAUGUUUUAAUUUGGCUCUGCUUAUGAAGCAGGUUUGGCGCAUCAGCCUCCAUCCACAUCUUUUACUCUCCAGGGUUUUUCGCUCUGCGAACUCAGGCCAAUCAUGGAUUCGAAUGACUAAACAUAACAUGUCGCUGGGUCGACGAGGGCUCCUUAAGGCUAAUCAAACACUACGCAAACUGUGUGUUUGGAAAGUAGGUAAUGGGGUUUCAAUUCGAGCGGCUUCCCAACCGUGGGUACAUGGGCAAAUUCCCACCUUUCGAGAUAAUGUGAACCUUCGUACAGCCGCUAGUACACGGGUAGCGGAUUUCAUCUUGCCUUGCAACCGGGGAUGGAAUACAAGGAUGCUGCAUCGUUUUUUUCAACCUCAUGAUGUGCGUCUGAUUCAAAGCAUGGAAUUACCUUUUCGUUCUAAUGAACAGGACAGGUAUUAUUGGCCUUUAACUCGUUCUGGUAGCUACUCCACAAAGUCAGGGUAUGGGGUUCUUCUACUUCAUCAACAAAACGAAAUACAUAGCAUGACAAGUCCAGUAGGUUCGAAGUUUUUUCGACAACUCUGGGGUUUGAACAUCAUGCCAAAAUGGAAACUAUUUGUCUGGAAAUUAUGGCACAACAGUUUGGCUACCUCCUCUAACCUUUUUACGAGGAAUAUUAUAUCUACUUCCCAGUGUGUAACAUGCUUACUCGAUAACGAAGAUGACCAACAUAUCUUCCGCUUCUGUCCUCUAGCUAUUGAGGCAUGGGAAGACGCUAACUUACAAGUUCACCAAGCUGCAUUUGAUGGCCUAUCAAUGGCUGAGUGGCUCGAGUAUUGGAUUGAUAAGUUUGCCCGGGAGGAUGGGUCCGAGGGAGCUCGUCUACCGCAAUUUAUUGGCACACUCUGGGCAAUUUGGAAAACACGGAAUGGGCAGGUUUUUCGCCAAAUUCGGGCUACAGUGGAGGAUUUCCAAAAUCACAUGAGGGAUAGUCAUCACCAACAUACCACGUUUAUGGGGCAUGAUCCUCCGCCAUUGGUUCCGCCGCCUGCUCCUAACUAUGGCUACCCCCCGGGUUUUCGCUUUGCUAAUAUCGGGAGGUUAAAGGGUGUACCUCCGGACAUUCUGUUUCAGAUAGAUGGUUCUUGGGACAAGCGAACGGGGCAUGGAGGAACAGGCUGGGUAGCCCUCCGUAACCAACGACCUUUUCAACACCAAGGUCAUUUUCUGUUCGCUUCUUCAGCUCUUCAAACAGAAGCGAUGGCAUGCCUAUCUGCUCUAAAAUGGGCUCGGGCUAGGAAUCUAGCAAAUAUAUUAAUUUUUACGGAUUCGACACUACUAGUUUCUUUCCUGGGUUCGACAACUAGAGCGGAUAUUUCAAUUGUCCACACGAUUAAUGCUAUUCGAAUGGAAGCGGCCAACAUACCAAGCUGCGUUUUGCUUAAGAUGCACAUGUGGGGACAUGGAUCGCAGUAUAGGAGGGGACCAGAAUGCCUGAGAGGAAGCACAAGAACUACCACUUUAUCUUAUGAGACAACAUUAUCAAUGACAAACACCACAUCAGAAAACAAUAAUAUGCUAAAGUUGCAAUGUUAUUGUUGCGCCAAGGGUUGCAAGAACAACUUAGACCACCCUAAAGCCAAGCCACUUAAGGACUUCCGCACACUACAAACUCACUACAAGAGGAAGCAUGGUGACAAGUGUUUUGACUGCCGCAAGUGUGGCAAGGCUUUUGCGGUGCGCGGCGACUGGCGGACACAUGAGAAGAACUGCGGCAAGUUGUGGUUUUGUAUUUGUGGGUCGGAUUUUAAGCAUAAGAGGUCGUUGAAAGACCAUGUGAGGUCGUUUGGGGAAGGGCACGCGCCGCAUACGCAUGUUGAAUUGUGUGAUGAAGAGGUUGAGGAAGAAGAAGGUGGUGAUUAG